AUGUACAGAUACCCAGAUCUGGCACGCAGGCCCACCGAUUCCAACGACCUGAAGAGCGCCGCGGAGCUUCUCCGUGGCUUCGUUCUUGAGGAUGGCUCGGUGGAGCAGCGAAUGGUGCCCGGCAGCAACCGGCCUCCAACAUCGCUGCAGCAGGCGGCACAGCUCGCUGCCUCAAGGUCCCCAUACGAAAAUGUCCCAGAACACUGGAAAGCACAGAUGAAAUGGGAUCUGGCCACCACGUCUGACUCGAUCUUUGUUCUCAGCCCAGAUGGCAAAACUUACCAAGAACCCCUUGCUGUCCGUGGUUGGCUCUCGCUCGACAAGCUCCUUCUUGCAGAGCAAGGCGCGCACCAGAAGAAGAUGAAAUAUCGCGCCCAAGCGGAGGCGCUGAAGAUUCCCAAAACGGACCGCAACAACAACAUUCGCCGAAAGGAAAAGGUUGCGAGCGAUGAUUGCAGCAAGUACGGCAAGAUUCGAGAAAUCUUCGGCAACGGAAAUGGAAACUAUCACCCAAACCAGCUCGUCGCUAAAAGGUAUUUACCUGCUCAGGGCCUCUGCGAAAAGGAGCUUCUUUACAAGCUUGCACUUAAAAUUUCAAAUCUACAAAAGCUCUAUCAGAAGAAGAAGUUGGUCAUGAACCCUUACGACUUCUACCGGUGGGCGAUCUGCAGGAACAUGAAGUCAGAUCCCCACAACGCCUUGCAUAACUCUCGCAAUAGCAUCACCGGCACGAUUCGAACAAUGGGAGAUGACGGGGCUCACGCCGACCAGGUCUUCCGAACCAUUGUUCUGUACUGGGCCUCAAUAACCGGCAACGAGAACAAGUUUGGCAAGUCUAAGAACCAUUCCCAACAGCGCCGACCGCGCAUGAUGACAGAAUCGUCGCGGGACAGCGCUGGCCGUGGCGGACGAGAUGUCGCUUAUCGCAUUUCCAGACUGGAAACAAAACGCACAAGGCGUCGCGAUUUGUCGGCUCGGCCCCAGCUGUUUGGGGGAGUGAAUGCUCACCGCGCUGCGAUGGCAAGUCGCGACGACAACGACCAAGUGAUGGGAUAG